AUGAAGGCGUUCAUUUCGCUUGCUCUGCUCGCUAUCGGGGCCACCGCUCAGGUAAUUGAGAGUGCUAGCUUUGGCUAUGGCAAAACGAUUUCGCCCAGUCGAGACUCGAUUCCGGGGUGGAACAUCGGCGGAGAGGGCCAUGAGCCAUCCGUUCUCUCCGAUAAGCUCAUCUUGACCCCGCCCUACCCUGGUAAUACUCGAGGAUCUGCAUGGGCACAGAGUCCCGUUUCCCAACAAGAAUGGUCGGCCGAAUUCCAAUUCCGCGCCAGCGGACCCGAACGAGCAGGCGGCAUCCUUCAGUUAUGGUAUACCAAGGACGGACAAGCCCGAGUCGGCACUUCUAGCAUCUAUACUGUGAGCCAGUUUGACGGCUUCGCGCUUGUCAUUGAUACUCACGGUGGUCGGGGUGGAAGUGUUCGUGGGUUCCUGAACGAUGGCACAACAGACUACAAGAGCCACGGUAGCGUCGACAGCCUUGCUUUCGGCCACUGUGAUUAUGCCUACCGUAACUUAGGCAGGCCCUCCGUAGUGAAGCUCAAGCACACCAACUCGAUCUUCGAGGUCACUGUCGAUGACAAGAUCUGUUUCUCGACGAACAAGGUCAAUCUGCCAGCUGGCAACACCUUCGGCUUCACAGCCGCCACCCCUGAGAACCCCGACUCCUUCGAGAUCUUCAAGUUCGUUCUGGCAUCUGCCACGGGCCAGGACCAGGGCCAGACCAUUCCUUCCUACCAAGGUAGCGCUCAGCAGCAGCAGCAGCCGCCGCCGAUCACGAACCAGAACCCGCCCGCCGUCGUGGAUGCAGGUAUUGCUGCACAGUUUGUCGAGGUCCAGAGCCGCAUCCAGCUCCAGAACAAGGCCACCAAUACCAUCAUCCAAGACCUUCGGGCUCAGGCUGGCAAGAAUGAUGCCCGCCACACGGAAAUUAUGCAAAAGCUGGCUUCAAAGGACCAGGUUGCUGCCCUUGAUGCCCGACUCCAGCGCAUCGAGUCGCUGCUCCAAAACAUCCAGCGUGAUCUGGAGGGCAAGGAUUAUAGCAGCCGCUUCAAUCAGCUUCACGACACUCUGCGGUCGUCCCAUCUCAGUCUGACUGAGAGCCUCCAGGGACACCUUCUGAAUGCCAUCACCGCCUCCACUCCCCGCAUGGGCUUCUUCAUCUUCCUAGUCAUCGCCUUCCAGGUUCUCCUCGCCGUUUCAUACAUCAUCUACAAGCGUCGCCGUGCCAAUAUGCCCAAGAAGUUUCUAUAA